UCAGACUGCUGUCGCGCCCGCGCUUGAAUACCGGCUCCAGCCGGUAUAAACUCUGCGAGCUUCAGCGCUUCAGCGCGAGAGGAAACAGAGACAGCCAGCUGGCGGAUAACACUUAGUCUGGUUAUAAUAUCAGUAUUUAUAAGUUGUUAAUGUAGUCAGACAUAAACUAGAAAACGAUAUAUUUGAACAGGGUCAUUUCCCAAAUACCACUGGCGCUCUCCUCAGAAGUGACUGCGGAUGCUCCGAGCAGAACGAUGGUCUCCAGUUAACACACCUCAACUAAGAAGCCAGCUAAAGCUAGCUCUACGUUACUGGGUCUGUUUUCUUUCAAUAUCCCGAGUUUCCCCCAGUCUCUUCAACGUUUCGAAACGUCAGUGUCCAUCAUGACAGGAAUAAUGUCUGCCCUGAAGGGCUGCACGAGCCCAAAUGUGUACGAUGAGGUGCCUGAUGGAGGCUGGGGCUGGAUGGUGGCUGCCGCCUUCUUCUUCGUGGAGGUUUUUACCUAUGGCAUUAUUAAGAUUUUUGGGAUCUUCCUCCAGGACCUCAUGACAGACUUUAAUGAAACCAACAGCAGAGUGUCAUGGGUUGUCUCCAUCUGUGUCUUUGUCAUGGCCUUCACAGCUCCUCUUUCUACGGUGAUGAGUAACCGCUUUGGCUAUCAGCCUGUUGUCAUGGUCGGUGGUCUGCUGAUCAGCCUGGGUACAAUCACAACAGCCUUCACCAACUCCAUCAUUGAGAUGUACAUUACCAUGGGUAUUGUUGCAGGCCUGGGUUACUGCCUUACCUUCCUGCCUACAGUUACCAUCCUGACCCAGUACUUCAGCAAGCGCCGUUCCCUCGUCACUUCCAUAGCCUCCACGGGAGAAUGCUUCUCCCUGCUAGCACUUGCUCCAGCUAUGAAUGCACUGAAGGAGCAUAUGGGCUGGCGCAACUGCUUGAUCAUGAUUGGGGUUAUGCAGGCCUUAAUUAUCGUCUGUGGGGCUCUGCUAAAGCCAAUAGUCAUUAAACCCAAACCCACUGCCUCAGAGGGGUCCACAUCCCCCCUUACAGAACCUGAAUCCAAAUAUGACCAGGAGAAUGAAUUCACACGUACCUCUUUCGGCUCUGUGGACUCAGGGGUCCAAUCCGUCACCUCUUCCCAGAUCAACCUGUCCGAGGGCCAGGAAUCUACAGAACAGAACUCUGCAGAGAAAAAAGCACUUAAGGAAAAGGAGGACGAAGAAAACCGUGAAAACAAGCAACCAGUGCUGCCUGAGACCCCACUCAAACAGGAACGAGUAGACUCGAGCGCCUCUAGGCCCAAGUUUUUGGACUUCUCCGUGCUUAGAGACGCCAGCUUCAACUGCUACGCACUGUUUGGCCUGUUCGCCAGUCUGGGCUUCUUCGCUCCGCAGCUCUACGUCAUUGAGCUGAGCGUGAGCCGAGGAGUGUCACGUGACAGCGCCACCUACAUGCUCUCGGCCAUGGCCGUGGCUGAGAUUCUAGGUCGUCUGUCCAUGGGUUGGGUUCUCAAUCGCAGGCCCAUCCGCAAAAUCUACAUUCUGCUGAUUUGCACAGUGCUGCUGUGUCCAGUGCUGGUCAUCUUCACUUUUGUCACUGAGUUCUGGGGGCUCAUGUCCUGCUCCUGUUUCUAUGGCUUUCUGCUGGGCACCGUGGCAUCCAGUCACAUCCCAAUGCUGGCUGAAGAUGACGUGAUCGGCAUUCAGAGAAUGUCAUCGGCUGUUGGCGUCUAUGUCUGUAUCCAGAGCUUUGCAGGACUGGCUGGUCCACCUUUAGGAGGUUUUCUGGUAGACAGGACUGACAAUUACGGGUCAGCCUUUUACUCCUGCGCGGCUGGGAUGGGAGUCGGUGCUCUGUUUCUUGGGCUGGUGCGUCCAGCCAAAUCCGGCCUUUGCCUUUGGAGGAGGAGAAAUGACCAGCAAACAACAGACAGAGACUCCAGCUCACAGGGUAGUGAUUAUGGCCCUGCUGACUUUGUAGAAAUGGACAUGGAGCUUGACAACGGUCCUGCAAAGAGCAAACCGUGGCCAGUAUGAAUACCGCCUCACCUCAAGAGUAAACGCACUUAUCCUCCACUUGAAUGAUCAUCCCAAAGGCUGCCAUACACAAACCCUGUGCCAACAGGGUAAAAUAGUCACAAAUCUAACUUUAAGGCAAUUAAAGAAGAGUUUAAUCACUGUUCAUUGCACUUUUGCUGACCACCCAAUCAUAAUUCCAAAACGUUUACAUUCCUUGUAUAAUUAUUUAUUGAAAGGAAACAAGAAUUUUGAGGUUCCUUUCCUGUCAUAUUGUGUGCUACGUACUAGUCUCCACAGACAGACACACUUUUAGAGAGGACAAGAAUUAAACCCAUUAGGCAUUCAGUUCUAUACCUCUCAUUUACCAAAGUCUUAGUGUGAAAUGCAACUUCACUCUUUAAUUCAUAAUUAUGUUGUCCACAAACCAUCAUACCACUUUUAGUUCUGGCUUUAACGACUAAAAAGAUGAAACCUCAGGCUGUUUUGCUGCUGAGAGUGAGGCCAUGAUGCAAAUGUAUAUUGCAUUAGGUUGCAUAAGCCUCAUUCAGAGAUGAAGGUGAGACGGGUACAGAGCUGUCUAGUGUUUCAGGGUUAUAUGUCAUUCGCUUGCCUAUAGAUAACGGGUCUGUGUCUAGUGGUUUAAUAUUUAACUAGUAUUUCUAUUGUAAAUGGAAAGUAAGAUGGCAACAUCUCAGCUUAGAUGUUAAUGUAGUUCUGAUGACCACUUCCAUCAAGAGUAACCCAUCAUCAGUCAGAACAUGUUGAAUGAGGGAUGAGUUAUGCUGACCAACCGUCAAAGGCUUCUGUCCUCUCAAUUUCUGCUCAGAUAUGUAGGCUGCCUAGAAACACAUUCAAGAGUUUUUCAUGAAAAAUUAUGGCUAUAGAAUGUAAUGUUAUCGCCGUAAUUUGGAGUGCGCCGUCUGUGCCUUGUCAGAGAAUUCUGCGGAAUUACGCAGAGCUUGUGACUUCAAACGGGAAGCUAAAAGGGGCAUUCACAUAGCACCAGACGCAGUGUUUCCAAGUGCGUUUUUAAAAAGUCGUCCCGUCUAUCGCACGUUUAUGUGAAAACAACAGCAUUGUAGAACGCCAAAAAACGCGAGAUUUGGCAUAGACAAAUGGAAAUGAAUGCAUAAACCGCGAGUCUUGAGACACGUAAAAUGUUGAACUUCUGUUAAAUUGACAGUACACGGACCGAGUCUCCAGACGCGUAAAACUGUAUGUACGUUUUUUUUUAACCUUGAAAUAUCAGUUUCAAGAUCAUUCUGAUGGUACACUGACUUCUAAUAAAGCGGGUAUGAAAUUCCGCAAGAAGGGCGGAUUGCUUUAUGGCAGCAACAAAUGCAGGUGUACAGCUAUCCACUGCUAUUAUUACAGACCGAUAUAUUUACAGUGGUGAAUUCCACUCACUCGCAGUAUUAUACAAAACUACAUACAGUUGCUUAAACUUUUUCUUUUUAAUUAAUGCGCAGCAAUGGUUAAAGAGGUCCGUAAAAAGUAGCGCAAUAAAACGUGUUCUGUGAGAACCGGCCUUGAAAACAUAGUACGCUGAAUGAGCAGCUUGACUGUAGUAUUUUUUUUAUGUGCAAUUCACUACAUGAAUGACAGAAGAAUGGAUCAUUUGAUGGAGAGAAAUGACAGUUUAUGAGCACUGGAGUCAGUUUAAAAUGAAAAAAGAAUGAAAUGUAUUUUAGCACCAUGUACUGCAUAGAGGAGUCUGUCUGUAGGUAAAUCCCAUUAAAGCACUUACCUAAUGACUUGAAAUCUUAUGUACCUCUUAUUGCUCUGUAAACUCUUUUAAUUUGUCAUACAUGUAUUUAAAUACUGUUUAUUUAGGUUUUUUACUUUUGAUGAGAAAACACAUUUUGUGCAUCUUUUCUUUGAUUUGUAUUUUUUUUUUUAUGUAAUGCUUAUUUCUGCCAGUGAGAUCCUGCACGUCUGAAUAUUGCAAUGCCAGAACAUGUUCAAUGUAGAAUAAAAGCAAUGAUUUUUAUAACUGAGUCCCGGUUAUUUGAUACUUCACAGAUUCAUCUUCUCUGGGGAACACCACAUAAGUAAAUCCUAUUGUAGUGGUGUAUAUGAAGCAGUCACAUGACCAUUUACAAAAAGCUGAGUCAUGUUGGUCUGCUGCAGCGGUCAGGUCACCCUCUGCAGAAGAUCAGCACAGCACAUGUAGCUGCAGUAACCUCACUCUGUGAAGACAGCCGUCUGGUAUCGGUCGC